AUGGGUCGCUUCACACUGCAGGCCCAUCAACAUAGCCCUGACUACAUACGGCAGAAGUAUAAUGAGCCAGUAGAGGUAAAGGAGGUUCCUGUGGAGGAGAAAAAGGAGAAGUUCUCAUCAGGGAGCCCGCAUUUCUACCGGAAAGGCACAACACCCAACCAAUCUCCAUCUCAGAGCCCAGGUCCCAGCCCCACUGCUUCACCCACUGUUGUUAAAAAUACCUUUUUUAACAGUAAAGUUGAUGCUGCCGUCACUCCUGGGAAAGAGAACAAAACCCCAACAGCUGAGUCUUUGACAGCAGGCAUAUCAAAAACAGCAUCAAAACUUUCUCUCAGACAGGAAGUGAGACAACAAGAGGACCCUCCAGCAGUCAAACCAGAUGUUACCAUGACAGUUAGCAGUUACCCCAGCAAUGGGCAGAUUCACUCCCAGUAUCACGGUUACUAUGUCAAGGCAGAUGUCAAGAUUCCGCCACCCGAGGAACCAACUGGUGGGGAGGAUGACCUUCACCCAUUAAGCCUUGCACGCUUGCCGCCACCUGCCAAACAGAUUUGGACACCAGCACUAAAAUCCCUGCCAACCCCUAGCCCUUCACCAGCCCCAUCUAAAGAGGACACCAAAGCACCAGAACCUCCAAAGCCAAAACGGCAGGAAUCAACCAAACCAAAGAGUCUAGUUGAAACCAAGAAAGCUAGUGUGGAAAUAGCCCCUGAAAUUGUAGAGGAGGAAUCGGGCCCAAACUCUAUCUUGGUGGCUCUAGUGAUGCUGUUGAACGUAGGUCUAGCAAUCAUUUUUGUCCAUUUCCUCACCUGACCAAAUCUGACCUCAGGGAACUCAUCCAAACUAGUUGCCCAAGUCGCUAACUCUCCAUCAGCCAAAUGGCCAAAAAUGGCCUCAGAACGGCAGACACGGCCAAAACAGAGGACUGAAAAUAGAUGCGUGAAGGUGAAGAAGAAGUGGGGGGAAACACAUGGAGAUGAGAGAGGGGAAAAGCAGAGAGAGAGAGAAAGAUGAAACCACCCAACCCCCACCCCUCUCUCUCUGGAUGGACUGAAUGAUUUGACUUAACUUGAUUGAACUGGCAAUGAUGAUUUGUGACUCCACACUGCAGUGAAAGCUGCUAGUUGAAAAUGGGAGUCCCAACUAUGGAUUCUCUAUCAGGCUUAGAAAUAACUGGAAGAGUUGAGUGAGUGUGAGUGAGGCCUGGCAUCUAUACUACCUAUAAGUGCCUGCAAUGUGUGUGCUUGUCUGUCUGUUUGUCCAUUUUUAUCCAACUGUACAGCAAAUUUGGGAAUAUUGAAAGGGUGCAAUUAAAGGUUUGUGCGUCAUCCAGCUUUUCCCACUUUAAGUGAUCAACAAGAAGAACAGAGGGAGCCUUUACAGUGUUGAUAAGUAAUGAAAAUUUAAUUAUUGCCAAAGUUGGUAAUAUGCCAUGUUUUCAUUCUUAUAUACUACCAUCAGAUCAGCCAUUUAUACUUAUUACAAUUACAAUUACAAUUUAGAACACAUUUGCAAUUUCUUUCUGCUGUCAUCUGUUGCAUAAUGUGUUUAUUACAGUGAGAAACUAUGUUCAGCUUCAAGUAAGCAUACACAUUUUUGCAAUGACGGAGGAACUUAUGUUGAAUUUUGCUGCUUGUACUCAAUUUGUUUUGCGAGCAUCCAUGCGUGUGUGUGUGUAUGUGAGUGUGUGGAUAUAGGUGGGUGGGUGGUGGACUGGAUAUGUUUAGAGAUGCACUUUAAGCUGAUGGAUGCCAACAGCUGCCUUACUAUUUUACAGAGUGACGUAGUGGUGGGUGAGAAGGGCCCAGGCAGGAAUGUAAAGCGCUUGGCUGACUCUCCCUCUGCCAUGUCCUGGGAGAGUGGCUCUAUUUCUAUCAGUCUGUUUAUUGAUCUGUUCAUAUCUGUUUUUAUCUAUUUUCUGUGGGUCUCAGUGCCUGCCGUUUUAUACACUACAUCAGGUGGUAUUAGACAAUCAUAGGAGUUUUUAGCAUUUGUAAAACAUAACCACAACCUAAUAGUUUUAAAAAGGUUAAUUGCAAUUUUGCAAACAGUGUUAUUCCAUAGUGUAUUUCCUACUUGCAAUUAACAAAUGAAUGAUUGAAAGAUUCUUUUCAACAUGGCCUUCACUGAUAUUUGCUGAACUAUUCAUUUAUGUUACGAAAUUUCCAUUUAUGUUCCCACAGUUCUCAUUAAUAUUGUGCUUAAUUUUACAUUGGCUCAUCUAUCCUAAUGAUAGGAAUGUAUUUGAUAAAACCCAAUUUAAAAGAUUUAGAUACACUCCUUGAUUUCAUGAAGUGUAAUCCCUCGUAGCUCUCUGUUUGAACAUGUUUAGAAGCUUAGCUGUGUUAUAUUUCAAGCUUGGGCUGCAAAUUAUUAAAAAAAAUGAGUUACUGAGUAAUUCAAUAAGAAUACACUUUAAAAGCAAGUGUACUAUAAAAACCUACAAAACUGCCUCAGCAUAUAACACUGUUAUCAAAACAUAAUGUUAAAGUGCUCAUAUUAUGCUUUUUGGCUUUUUCCUUUUCCUUUAUUGUGAUAUAUAGCUUUUUUGUGCAUGUUAUAGGUUUACAAAGUGAAAAAGCCCAAAUACCAUCUCCAAAAGAAAACACUGUUCAGAAACUGCUCCAAACAGCUCUAUUGUAUUCCAUCCUUUACUUCCAUGAUGAACGUGCAUCACUUUGUAUCACACAUCAUAAUGCUCCCCUAGCUGCUAGUGUGACACACCCUCAUACUCUGCUUCUGACAGGAUAGUAGUCCUUACCUAGACACUGCGCAUGUGCGACUCUAAAUAAAGAUGGAAUAGAAGUUUGAUGCCUCACUCGGUAGCUAAAACCGAGACCUUAACACACAGGGUGAAAAGAGGAGCUGCAGUACAACAAAAACUACUAUUUUUUUUGAAAAUUAAACCAUAUAACCUAUUCAGAUAUAAUCUCUAAAUACUAUUAUCAACCUGAAAAUUAGCAAAAUAUGAGCACUUUAAUGCCACUUAUAAACUGGUACUUCCUAUUGAAUGGUAGUAGUUUAAGGGUAAGUUAUUGGACUGAUGAGGAUAGUUUCAUGGUGAAAUCACACAUUUACGUAGCACAUUCUAAUUUAAGAUUAUCAUUGUUUGAAUAACUCUAAUUCAUUAAGUAAUUAUUACAUACAGGUGGCAUAACAUUAGCAGAGAGCUGGGAGGACAUCAGAGAGUUAUUGUUGUAGCCAUAUAAGUAGGAAUAUUUUGUGAAUGUGAACAAAGUCACUGACCACUGUUAAGGAGGGGGUGUACUGUAGAUACACACAGUAGACAUAACAAAACCAUGGUAUGUCUGAAAUCCCAAGGUGGUUAGGCAAAGAGAAACAGUGGAAACUAAACAAAACUAAAAUUAUGAAUGACAGUCACAAUUAAAUGUUAUUGUUAAAGGCCUGUGUUGUAUUGGAAACUACCAAGUUUUACCUGGUGUACCACUAUACAAAGACAUGUGAUCCAUGUACAACACAGUACUUGCUGAUAUUCUUUUUCGUUUAAACAAUGUUUUAUGUUUUAUAUAGCAAUAUAAAUGUAUAUUGGAAUAUGCAACUCCUCUGCUCAGAGCCACAGUUCACUUUAGGCUGACUAGGUUGUAUGAGUUUCUGGGAAAGGUUGGGGUAUUAGAAAUUAAAAUUUUGUUGUACCAUUUUAAUCAGCAUAUUUCUGUGUUCUGUUCUUUGCUAAACCAGCAGUAAAGGACUCCUUUGCUAAGUAAAUACCAUAAAUUGAUAUUAAGUCUAUGAUAACGAUUUCUCUUAUUUUGUCCAUCACUAUACAGUCCGUCACCAAAUUUAUGUUUGAGCCUUUUUUACAUAAAGUAAAUAAAUGCUGUAUUUGUCAUACAGUAUUAAACAGUUUAACUACUGCCAACAAACUUAUGGUUUAGUAACACAGACAAUCCAAAGAGUCUUCGUUAAUAACAAUAUUAAAGUGACAAACAGUCCUUGGAAGAACAAUAUUAAAAAACAGAACCAUAAUGUUGAUAAUAUAUAUUUAUUAUUUAUUCACAUUUUGAUGUGAAAAUAACUUAAUUUUAAUUAAAUAAUUUCUUUGCUGAUUAAGAUGAACAAUGAUUGACAUUCAUUGUUAGUGAUUAAGCUGUAGUGUGUUGUUAAGUGUGUAGUUUCUGUCUCCCCCAUGAGAAGUUCUAAGUAAUCACAACAACGCUUUCAGCGCAGCCACAUGAUAUAGCUUUCUGUGAUUGCACAUUCACCCCCACCCCUCUUCCAUGCAGUUGCUAGUAGCCGAAGAGAAAGUCCCCGGAUGACACAAUCUUGUGAACAUAGUCAUACUGAGAAAUACAGAGAGUUGUGUGGAGCUGAAAGUCUUAAUUAGCUUUGUAGCAACUCAUUUGGCAAUGGCUUGAAUGUUCAUUAAUAUCAAUAUUAAUAUCAAAGUUACGUACUAAAGCUUUAACAGUCUGUGUCUACUAUUUGAAGUAUUAUCAAUUGAUUUAGUCAUGAUACCUGUUGUGUAGCAAUGGCCUGCCUAAUGAUUUAUUUUCAGUUAUUCAGUUAUUAGGACAGACUUGAAAAAUAAAGCAUUACUGUGAUACGAUUAGAAUACAUACGGUGUACAGUCAGGUAUACCUUUAACCAGAUUUAUUAAUGGGUUAUUAAUUGCAAUUGAGUGCUUACAUUUAAAUUACAUUUAAAUUCUGUAGAUUAUUUCUGCAGAUUAUUUAGGGGGUUUACCUCUCACAUUUAGAUAUAGAUCAAAUGUUUGCAGGGGUUGGAUGAUGUUGGUCACUUGCAUUAUUUUCAGAUAACUGCACAGCUAUGAUGCUGUCUCAUUGUCAGCAUUUUAAAUUUACAACUAGGACACUAAUACUUAUUGUAAUCAUGCAGUGGCCGUUUGUUCCAGACCAAGAAAGGUUCCACUUAAAUGUUGUAUGCCCUAAAAUAUGCUAAAUUGUACUUUUGAUUGUUUCAUUUUGAUAUCUAACAAGUGGCCACAGUGUCGUCUACGAAAUCAACUCCUGUGCGUUUAUGAAAAAUAACAUUUGUAGAAGCCGAGAGCAAGAUUAGCUUUCAUGUUGUGUUUAAAAACUACAUUUCUCUGAGAUUAUUAUGUUCUGUAUUCUUUGUUAUGUUUUUCAGAUGUUUUUAAUUUAUUUAAAGCUGCUGGUGUGUGAAUAGUGCUUUCAAACUAUAGUUCUUGCCCUUUGAAAUCAGCCACUACUAACAGUAACAGACGUGAUGCUGUGUCAAAUAUAUUAAUGUAUUUGAAUAAAAGGUUUAGAUUAUUUGAAAUAUUAAUUAAGUUUACGUUGGGAGAAGAAAAAAUUGUCUUAAAUCUGUUUCCACCCUAAUUACUGGAUUUAGCAUAACUUGUUUUUGUUAUGAUAUAAUUGUGGUGCAUGCAGAUAUUUGCUGGUUUAGUUUUGCUAAUUUGAAAGUUGGAGUAAAAUAUUGUAUAAAGUGUGAAUAUUCAGUCGGACAGAAUUCGGAGUUGGAAUGGAUUCUAGAAGUUAAAGUCAGUGUGUAAAAUAGUUUUGCAAACUCAGUCUCAACAAGGCUGCAGUGUGGUGCCUAUUUGUAGAAUAAUAACUUAAUAAAAAGCUCCAAUCCUA